GUUAAGAUUUUUUUUUAAUUCGGACAAUGAAGUAAAAUCAAAUAUAUGACAUUCUUUCUGGUUUCUGCGAAUUCAGCUGUCGACAUUUUCGCGUAAACCUUUAUUUUUGAGAUAAUUAUACCGAAAGUUUGAAAUGUGGUACCUGAGUGCUAGUCCGUGUAUCACCCACCGACAUAACCAUUCAAUAAACGACCACGACGACGACUUUAAUGAAUUUCAUGACGGUGAUCACGAUGAACGUAAAUUCGCUGAUUAUCUGGACGAAGGCGGCUAUGACUACAGGGAGCAUGUCGCCGCAGAUUCAAUCGUAGGCAAGCCACUUCAGAUGUUCCUCUUUGUCUUUCUACUCGCCGUCAUCGUUGUCGGCGUCAUCGGAAACUCUCUCAUCCUCGUCAUCGUCUUCACCCAGAGGAAACAUCGAACGACCUCGAGCUGCUACGUCGCCAGUCUUGCUUUAACGGACAUCGUGGUGCUUCUUACAUGUGGGAUUCUGCAUCUCGCCCUUUUGAUCAUUCCCGCUUUCGAUCUCGAUCUCAUCGAGUUUCCGACUAGGAUAUUCACAUGCUUCACAUUCAUUCAUGAGGUGUCUAAAGGAGUGACGUGUUAUAUGUUAGUUGCCCUGACUAUCGACCGAUACUUGGCCUUUGUUCAUCCGUUAUCCUCUAUAAGACUUCGAACUAUCCGGCAUGCCGUGAUCGUCAGCGUCGCAGUGUGGCUAGGUUCCUUGCUUUACUGCGUAAUCAUCGAGGCCCUCAACCAGGUAAUCGACGAACUGCCCGUCUUCCUAAUCUUCUUCCUUACCGAGUACGUCGCCCCUCUCGUCCUCAGCACGACAUGUUACGUCAUCAUCAUCCAUAAGAUGUGGCGACCGGGUCCGCGCGUCGUUUCAUUACGACGAGGAAGCAACCAGAGCGACGAUCACCGGCGACAGAAAGUCGGCCUCCUGCGAAUGGUUCUCGUCGCCCUGAUCGUUUUCGCCGUCAGCGUUGGUCUUCACCACGCCAUACGUUUUUAUGUCAUCGUCUCUGGGCGCGGAGAAAGCGAGAACCACUGCAAAAUAUCCCUGUGGACGUUUUUAUCGGAUAUCGCCCUCUUCGUGAACAGUGCGUUGAAUCCGUUUGUCUACGGACUGACGAAUUCCCUCUACGCCAGUGCAUUCAAAUCAAUGUUGUGUUGCUGCAACAAAGGGCCUAAAAAUUUGGUGUCUGCUUUAAAGACAAUACCCGAGAUUUACCGAAAGUUAUCGGGGGCGUCAGCUACCUUGGGCAAGACAGAGUCAGUGGAACUGAGUGAUGUGAAGGAUUAUCUAGAAAACCCUGUCGUGGACAUAGAAGAUUAUUCAGGUUCAGACGUUUCGUUUGAAGUAGUUUGA